AUGUUUAAAAAAUCAGAAAAGAAAGCUGGGAAAAUCAUUGUGGGGCAAGAGGAGAAAGAUGAGGUAAAAAUCGUAACAAAAAUUCCUGUUAAAAGACAUAGGGGAAUAUCAUUUACAGAAAUUGAAGAAAAUAAUGAAAAAGCUAGCGAGCAUGAGAAUUUUAUGAGGAAAAUUUUUGUGAAGCCAAACAAUGAACUUGAAGCUUUGAGGGAAAAGCAUAUGGAAAAGUAUAUUAAUGGCAAAUUAAAGCCAAGUGAGCAAAAUGAAUGGAGAAAGGCAGGAAAUGACGAGUUUUCUGAAGAAGCCUUAUAUGAGAUUCCAGAAAAAUAUAGGUCUGAUAACUCAAGAUUUUCUGAUGGCGCUGAAAAAACUUUGUGGAAAUCUGGACUUAUGGAGGUACCUUUAUCAAUAAAGCACAAAUUGGAUAUUAUAUGUUAGGAUAAAUGCUUUAGGGUAAUAGGAAUUAUUAUUUUAAAUUUAUAUGAAAAAUGGAAAAUGGCUAUAAUAAUUGUAUGCAGAGUUUACCAGUCAAGAAUAAUAUUGAGAGAACUGAAAUAGCUAAAAGAAAAGCUAUAAAGGACGUCAAUGUUCCUGACAGUCGAUUUAUGGAGCUUCAUGAAGAGGAAUACGAAAGGUUUAACCAAUUGCACAGCGAAGCCAGAAAAGAGGCAAAAAUUGUGGAAAGGUUAGAAAAAAGACUGCUAUUAAAGGGAAAAAGGCUAAAAGAUUAGAUUAAUUCUAGCUAGUCUUUUUUUUUUCAGACUCUUGCUGUCCCCAACGCAGACUCAAAUGGCCCCCUCCACCUGGCGUCACAUCGCUCCCUUUUCCUUACAAAUCUCUCGGAGACUCUCACAUGAUGCUUAUGACUUGGUCUGGUCCUUGCGGCAUGAUUCAUCAACCCUUUUUAGUGCUCAAAGCAUGGGUAAAGUGUCUUAGUGUCGCUUUCAGGCUAUAAACCUGAUACAGACAUACAUUUUUUACAGGAGUAUGAGCUGGACAUUACGAUCUCAGUAUAUCGUCUUGGGUUAGGAAAAAAGCCUCGUGGAGCUUUGAUCAGGCAAAAACCCUAAAAGAAUGGAAUCCACUUACCGGAGAGCUGGAAUCAACUGACCAGUCACCCUGGCGAUUCAUCACUCUCCAUCUUUUAAAUAGUAAGGCUAAAAGAAGAAAGAAAAGAAAGAAGCGAAAUGAACAGACUCGUUGAAGAAAGCUGAAAAUAG